AUGCACCUCCAGUUCUACCUGAUUGGACUUCGACCGGCUCACUUCAUCCGUAAUGUGCUGGACCCGCAUCGUGAGCGCAUCCUACGCUUCUGGUCUGAUGUCGACAUCGACGUGGUCGAGGAAAAUCAUCGCCAGCUGGUCGCCACAUAUAGCAACGACCCCAUCCUGCGCCGCACUAUUGACGAACACGUCAAUAGCGCCACUUUCGAUGAUGCCUGGGAUAUCGCACCUCAUCAAUGGCUGCAUCUGCGCGAGUUCUGCGGUGGACUGGCGACCAUCUUUCCCAACACUACCUCAGUCGAAUCUGACUUUUCGAUCCUAAAAUGGGAGAUGGAUCGGAGCUGGACCCUUUCGGAGUAA